UUCAGUGCCACGCGGCCGCGGUAGUCGCGGCAGAGGUGGGCAGAGGGCGCGGGGGUCGCGGCAGAGGCGACAGACACAGGCCACAACAGUACUACGCACCACCAGCUUCUCUGAUGCACUCCAGCCAGUCCGGGCCGCGACCUGCAGGGGGUGCUCCUGCAGCAAGACCUCCUAAUGAUGCAUCUGGUAAAUCUGUUGUGUCCACUUUAAAUAUUAAUGCUAAUUAUGCUUUUGGUACUCAAGGUUCUUCUGCAGGUUUCCCGUCUUCUGAGGGUAUUCUCGGGUCUGUUCCAUCCCCAAUUGUGUGUUAAAUUUGUUUCUCUGCAGGUCACUCUGCGCUGCAUUGUCCGUCUCGUUUUUCACAAACUUCUGCACCUGCGUUGAUUACUCCAAGUGGCGAAUCCAAUGAUGUUUUGUGGUAUCCGGACUCCGGUGUCUCUGCUCACAUGACCUCUUCUGAAGGGCACACUUGAUCAUGGACUAUGGCUACAACCUACUUCUAGGGUCACAUGCGUUAUUGCUUAUUCAGACGCGGAUUGAGCAGGUUGCCCAGAUACAUCACGGUCCACGACUGGUUUUGCAGUGUUCAUGGGGCUGUUGCAUAUACUGUUCAGAAUACGUUGCAUAUUCGUUCCGUCCUUUUUGAGCUUGGCUUUCCUGUUACAGUACCGGUUCAGUAUUUUGUGAUAACAUUUCUGCUUCCUAUUUGACUGCUAAUCCUGUUCAGCAUGCUCGUAGCAAGCACAUCCAGAUAGACUAUCACUUUGUCCAGGAACGUGUGGCACAUGGAGACUUAGUCGUAAAGUACAUCCCUACACAACUACAAUUAGCUGAUAUUUUUACAAAGAGUCUUUCUAGUCAGCAAUUUCAUUUUUUAAAGGACAACAUGCGCAUUGAAUCUCCCGCACAGUUUGAGGGGAUGUAAUAGAAUAUUAUUAAGCAUAUUUGUUUCCUUGUAUGUUUAUAACUCUAUUAUUAUAAAUAUACAUGCCAGGACUCCUAUUGGAGUACCUUUCCCAUUUAUUCUCACA